AUGUCAAACUCCAAUGGCCAGGUCAUAAAAGGCCAAUCUGGUCAAUACAAAGGCGCAAAGAAAAUCAAAAUUCCAUCUGGUCUCACCGCUUUCCCACGAGACAUCUUAGAUGCCUUCGAUACUCUCGAAAUGCUGGACCUUUCUGGCAAUCCUGGCCUCACCCAACUCCCCAAAGAUAUAUCGAGGUUGCAUAAGCUCAAAGUUGCCUUCUUCUCAGAUUGUGGCUUUUCCUUUUUUCCCCAGGAGCUCGCUCAAUGUCGCUCUCUCGAGAUGAUCGCUUUCAAGGGGAACAACAUGACUACCAUACCAGAAUCUUCCUUUCCGAGAAAGUUGCGUUGGUUGAUUUUGACAAACAACAAAAUCUCGUCUCUCCCUGCUAGUAUUGGUCAAUGUCAUCGACUCCAGAAGUGUAUGUUGGCUGGAAACCUUUUGACAAGCUUGCCAGACGAAAUGGCGCAUUGCCGAAAAUUGGGUCUUCUACGACUUUCAUCCAAUCAAUUGACCAAACUUCCGAACUGGUUAUUUGAGCUACCUGAGCUGUCAUUUUUAGCUUUUGCGGGUAAUCCUUGUGCAAAGUCCUCUGAAGACAAUUCUGUUCUAGAUGGCAUUGCAUGGGAAGAGUUGGUAGUCCAAAAUCUACUUGGUGAGGGAGCGUCAGGAAUUAUCUCCAUGGGGGCAUGGAAGAAGAACUCAGAUGAAAAGACCGUUGCCAUCAAACUUUUCAAGGGCGAUGUGACAAGUGACGGUUCACCAUUGGACGAGAUGAAUGCCUGUAUUGCAGCUGGCAAGCAUGCAAAUCUCACUGAUCCUAUCGGCAAGAUCCAUGGACAUCCGGACAAGAAGGGUCUUGUUCUUGAGUUGAUAUCGCCCAUUUAUGCCAAUCUCGGUCUUCCACCAACUCUAGAUACGUGCACUCGAGAUUCUUUCCACCCAGAAAUGGCAUUUUCUGUUGAAACAUGCAAGAAUAUUCUCCUGGGGAUCGCGAGCGCAGCCGAACACAUCCAUGAAAGAGGUAUCGCACACGGAGACUUGUAUGCUCACAAUAUCCUGCUCGAUCGCUCAACUGGACACGCUCUUCUGGGAGACUUUGGUGCUGCGACUAUCUACGGUAAGGAGCACGAGAAAGCAGAUAUGAUUGAAAGAAUGGAAGUCUUUGCCUUUGGCCAUCUAGUGGAAGAUUUACUGGGACUGGUUGAAAGAAAGUUUGAUGACGAUGGCUUCGAAGGGAGCGAGAAAGGUGCGAUCGCUAUUGAAGAGUUGAAUUUGCUGCAUUGGAGAUGUUCAAAUCCUAUUGUGAUGGAGCGGCCCAAUUUUGCAGAGGUUAGAGAACAGUUAGAAGGGUUUUAG